AAACAUAUCAACGGUUACGAACGCCGUUAAACAAUGAAGAAUACGGGUCUAUCCGUCUGCGUGAUUACACCAUAAGGUUCCUUUCCAUCUUGUAAAAAUUUCAAACCUGUCGAGUUCGACCAACUGCGAAACGAGAUAUAAAACAUUUUCGUACCAUGUUCGUGCCCUAGAUUUCCACCCUUUGCCUAUUAACUCCUGCAAUUCCUUGGUUCCGACAAUGAUCCGAUUCAUUUUGUUGCAAAACAGGCAAGGCAAGACUCGUCUAGCCAAAUACUAUGUUCCUCUCGAGGAUUCCGAGAAGCACAAGGUUGAAUACGAGGUUCAUCGAUUGGUGGUUAACAGAGAUCCAAAAUUUACUAACUUCGUUGAGUUUCGUACGCACAAGGUAAUCUACAGGCGGUAUGCCGGAUUAUUUUUCUCAUUGUGCGUUGACAUAACGGAUAAUGAGUUGGCAUAUUUGGAGUGCAUCCAUUUAUUUGUGGAGAUAUUGGACCAUUUUUUCAGCAAUGUUUGUGAGCUAGACUUGGUUUUUAAUUUUCACAAGGUUUAUCUGAUACUUGAUGAAUUCAUUCUUGCUGGAGAGCUUCAAGAAACAAGCAAAAAGGCUAUCAUAGAGAGAAUGGGGGAGCUGGAGAAGCUAGAGUAAAGAUGAUUCUUCAUGAAAGAGGGACUGUGCUAUUUGUGUCAAAUUUUCUCAAUUGUUGCUUUUUUUUUUUUGGUGUUUUUAUAAUUUGCAACCUCUUUUGCGCAGCCAAUUCUUCCUUG